AUGCCCGGCGAGGACACGGCCCGGCGCAUUAAGGAGGGCCAACAAAGGCGGCUGGACAGGCAGCGACAGCUGCGGCGGCUGAAAAACGAGUACGGGGCGGAAUUGCGGUGGAAGGAGGAAAGGACGCACACCGGCGGCGGUCUCGCGACCUACCUGCCAAACAUCCUCAUUUUCCUCGUCGCUGUGAGCCUUCCGCUGUCGGAAACCGACGUGGACUGGGUCCUUGUGGGUCUGCUGUGCCUUUUCAACGCCCUAUGGGGUUUCCUUGCCCGCCGGCCCUCGCAUUGGGCCUACAGCUGCUUGUUGCUGUCCUGCAAUCUGUGCCUGGUACACUUGGCGCCACCAAUGCACCAGUCUCUCAGCCUUCUGCCAACCGCGCCGUCUCGGCCGCUGGGCUUCUUUAUGGGAUUCCAUGCACUGUACGCUGUGUUUAUGUAUUAUGGCUACGUCGAGCGUCGCUUCUGGUUUAAGAUGGACUACGACGCGUCACUGGCUGCAUUCUCGGAAGAUGGCGGUGGAAAUGCGGCUCGGGGGGAUAGGGAAGUGACUGCGCUGCUCCGCCUCGCGAUGAAUCGGAAGAAAUGGGACCGAUUGGACAGGGGCUUAGUGGCUCUGGUACUGGCAGACGUUGGGAUCCUUCUGUGGGCGGGCGUGAUUUCCCCUGAAGAGAUCCUUAGGACCCUGAGAGGUGCUUUGGGUAUUUUCGGCUAA